AUGGCUGCGUUGAUAGAAUCAUGGUUCUUCUACCAAAGUAACUCAGAACACUACCCCGGCGUGGUUGCUCUCAGCAUGAGGCUACUUACUGCAUUGACAGCUUUCAUUGCGGCUCUUGGUGUCUCUGCCCAGCAACCUGCUGUGGAGUGCGUCCAAGAAGGCCAGGCCCUCAUCGUCACGCGGGACUGCAUCGAUCCCGAAUAUGCUUCUCCAACCUUCACGAACCAAGCCAAUGAAACUCAACCUGUCCCCCACGAACGCAUCUCUGGCUACUUCAACGGCACAGCGGUAAAUUUCACGAUCUACCUUACUCCCAAGUCACAAUGGAAAGGCCGCUUCUUCCAGCUCGUGUACCCAUCUCAAAACGCUAGUGCUCCCGACUACGCCAUCUCAUUUGGCGUGGAAAGUGGUGGGUUCACGGUUCAGACAUCCGGCUCAAUUGGAUAUCGCGCAGAUGCAGCGACAGCGAAGCUAGCUCGUGGCAUUGCUCAGGACUACUACAAUGUUUCUGCUGACGAGGUAUAUGGCUAUGUUUAUGGUGGCAGUGGUGGGUCUCUUGAAGUUGUUGGCGCCGCUGAAAAGACAUUUGGAGUAUGGGAUGGGUGUCUUGUUCUUAUUCAAGCGACACCGAUUUCAAUUCCCUACAACUGGGGUAUGCGAGCUUUUGGAGGCCUGAUAUUUGGCAAUAAGUCCGCACAGAUUAUUGAUGCGGUUCAGCCUGGCAGCAAUGUCGACCUCACGUCCGUCUUCGACAAUCUCGAGCAAGCUGUGCUUGAAGAAGUAACAGCUCUUGGUGUACCGCUGAAAGGAUGGGAGGAUUGGGAUGCCAUUGUUGGGAAUCGAACUCAGCUCUUCCAGACGAUGAAGGAUAUCACGAUUCCCAUGAUUCAAGACAUGGAUCCUACUUAUGCAGACGACUUCUGGACGAAAGACGGAUAUGCUGGCGCUGAGCAAUCUGCUUUGGGAAAAAGGUUUCGUACUGCUCUCGUCGAGUUCAACAGCACUAUUGCAAGCACGGCUGUAGGAGAUCAUGGCAUGACAACCGAGUUUGUCCUAGAGGACGUGCCAGAAAACAUUGCCGGUAGUGUUGGCCUAGGCUUUUCCAUCAUGGUCAACAAUACACUUCAGCCAUUCUCUGGCCAUCUGGAUUCCGACACCCGCACAGUCUACAUCUCAUCUCGCGGUGCCACAAAUGAGAAACUCCAGGCUCUCGUGCCAGGAGCCCGUGUUGUUGUCGACAAUAGAUGGUACCUCGCAGCACACACAUUCUACCGGCACCAAGUCCCACCAAAAGAGAGCGGGUUCUACGCCUUCGAUUACCUUCGAGACGACGCCGGCCAGCCCCUCUACCCGCAACGUAGCAUCUUGAUCGGACCGCUCAUCACUCAGUCAACCACGGGAGGUGCCACUCACACAGGCAACAUCACCAUGAAGGCAAUUGCUCUACAAAAUUUGCUCGACUUUGAUGCCUUUCCGUGGCAUGCGGACUGGUACUCCAAACAGGUGGCCAAAGCGAAAGGAGGCAUCGAAGAUCACUAUCGUCUCUACUUUGGCGAGAAUGCGGAUCAUGCCAUGUAUAGACUUGGUGCUCCAUUUACAAAGCGGCUCGUGGACUGGACUGGUUUAUACGAGCAACAUCUGCAAGAUUUGAGUGCUUGGGUCGAAUACGGUAUUGAGCCUCCGACGCCUACAAACUAUACUGUCGAGGAUGGGCAGGUCAGGAUACCGAGCGCUGCUUCCGAACGCAAGGGCAUUCAGCCGCUGGUUGAGCUUCUCGUGAAUGGGACGAAGCGUGCUGAGGUCAAAUCUGGAGGACGUAUCGAAUUCAAUGUGGAGGCCGAAGUUCCUACUGGUCUUGACCAAAUUGUCGCGCUCGAGUGGGAUGCGUAUGGAACUGGUGAAUAUGCCAAGAAGGACCUCGAAGUCAGCCAGGCGCUCAGUGUUCAGUUCUCGCAUGUUUACGAGGAGCCUGGGCUCUACUUUGCUGGUGUCCGCGUUGCAUCGCAUCGUGAGGGAAACACUAGGACUGACAUCGCUCUGGCAUGGAAUAUGGACCGUGUUAGAGUGAUCGUGAGCUGA